GGCCCUUUGGGAGCCUACAGACCCCCCACAGCCUGGCAACCCAGCAAACGGAGCAGCAAUGAUCCAGAAUGUGGGCAACCACUUACGAAGGGGCUUCGCCUCUAUGUUCUCUAGUCGCACAUCCCGGAAGUCAGUCUCUCAUCCGGAGUCCGGAGACGCUUCCACCAUGGCAGAGGGUGAAGAAUACCGUAACCCUACGGAGGUGCAGAUGAGCCAGCUGGUGCUGCCCUGCCACACUAACCACCGUGGGGAACUGAGCAUUGGACAGUUGCUCAAAUGGAUCGACACCACAGCCUGCCUAUCAGCAGAGAGGCAUGCUGGCUGCCCCUGUGUCACAGCCUCCAUGGAUGACAUCUACUUCGACCAUACCAUUAGUGUCGGCCAAGUGGUGAAUAUCAAGGCCAAGGUGAACCGGGCCUUCAACUCCAGCAUGGAGGUGGGAAUCCAGGUGGUCUCUGAAGAUCUGUGCUCUGAAAAGCAGUGGAGUGUCUGCAAGGCCUUGGCCACCUUUGUGGCCCACGGGGAGCUCUCCAAGGUGAAGCUGAAGCAGGUUAUCCCAUUGACAGAGGAGGAGAAGACUGAGCAUGGGGUGGCGGCUGAACGCCGGCGUAUGCGACUGGUCUACGCAGACACCAUCAAGGAUCUCCUAGCCCACUGUGCCAAGCAGGAUGGAACCCUCUCAUCUGCUUGCUGUCCUCCCGGACCAGAUCUGGACAAGGACUUCAGCAAUAUAGUGCCAGCUGAGAAGACCCGAGUGGAGAGUGUGGAGCUGGUGCUGCCUCCUCACGCCAAUCAUCAGGGCAAUACCUUUGGGGGCCAGAUCAUGGCCUGGAUGGAAAACGUGGCCACCAUUGCAGCCAGCCGGCUCUGUCAUGCCCACCCUACCCUCAAGGCCAUCGAGAUGUUCCAUUUCAGAGGCCCAUCUCAGGUGGGGGACCGUCUGGUGCUCAAGGCCAUCGUGAAUAACGCCUUCAAGCACAGCAUGGAGGUGGGUGUGUGUGUGGAGGCUUAUCGCCAGGAGGCUGAGACCCAGCGCCGGCACAUCAACAGCGCCUUCAUGACUUUUGUGGUCCUGGAUAAAGAUGACCAGCCUCAGAAGCUGCCCUGGAUUCGUCCCCAGCCUGGGGAGGGUGAACGGCGAUACCAAGAGGCCAGCGCCAGGAAGAAGAUCCGCCUGGACAGGAAGUACCUUGUGUCCUGUAAGCAGACGGAAGUGGCUCUGUCUGUCCCCUGGGACCCUAGUAACCAGGUGUACCUGAGCUAUUACAACGUGUCCUCUCUGAAGACGCUCGUGGCCAAGGACAACUGGGUGCUGUCCGUGGAGAUGGGUGAGGUCCGCCUGUACAUCCUGGAAGAGGAGUUCCUGUCCUUUCACUUGGAGAUGGUUGUACAUGUGGAUGCUGCCCAGGUCUUUCAGCUGCUUUCAGACCUGCGCAGAAGACCAGAGUGGGACAAGCAUUACCGGAGCGCGGAGCUGGUUCAGCAAGUGGAUGAGGAUGACGCCAUCUAUCAUGUCAUCAGCCCCACCCUGAGUGGUAACACCAAGCCCCAGGACUUUGUGAUCCUGGCCUCUAGGAGAAAGCCUUGUGACAAUGGGGACCCCUAUGUCAUUGCCCUGAGGUCCGUCACACUGCCCACACACCACGAGACACCAGAAUAUCAACGUGGGGAGACUCCCUGUUCAGGCUUCUGUCUGUGGCGUGAGGGGGACCAGUUGACUAAGGUUUCUUACUACAACCAAGCCACCCCUGGAUUUCUCAACUAUGUGACUACCAAUGUAGCUGGCCUGUCUUCAGAAUUCUACAACACUUUCAAGGCUUGUGAGAGUUUCCUGCUGGACAACCGGAAUGACCUAGCCCCCAGCCUCCAGACCCUGUAGACACCAUCCCAUGCUGCCCCAGGUCUUACACAGUGUGUGGAGCAAAGCAGAGGCAUUUAUUCACCUUGACUCCCCAUGGAAGCCUUCCACAUUAGACGGUCCAGUCCUACUGGAUGGUUGGUACCUGUUCACAUCUGCCUGCAAGUCUUUCCUGUACUCAUGUGGUAUCCUGUAAUAGACUCGGGUCCUGUCCACGGCCCUGGCCACCCACAAUCCAGCCCACACAUCCGUAUGGCUGUUCCCAGCAAGGCUGUGGUACACGGUGACAGUGGCUCUAGGGGAAGAAGCCAGUAGCCUAGCCACAGUUUUGGCUGGACUCUGGCCCAGUGGCUCAGCCUGCAGCUGGAAGGACACAGGUUGACGGAGUCCCUGACACAGCUCCAGCAUAUCUGUAACCAUCUGCUCCUGAUAGCCACUGCCCAGCAUCUCUUCAGGCCAGCCUGGUGCCACAGUCACAUGGGGGAAAACUUCAGCCACAGCUGUGAGCAGUUCUCUGCCAGCUAUGUGGCCAGGGACCACAAAACUACCAUAUGAGACUGUGGCUCCCACCCACACAGGCCAGGGCAGAUGGCCAAGGGUGGAGAGGUGUGCUAAUGUGGCCAGGGAUGGCCGGAGAGCUGCGGGUUCCACUAUGUUCACAUGGAUGCCCCAGCGCCUGGGGUGAACAGCCAGGUGCAGCAGACAUGACUCCAGUGUCAGAACAGGACCACCCAGGGCACGCAGGAUGGGCACAGGGUUCCCAGCCUCAGGUUCCUGGAGGCCAACAUCCAGUAGGAUCAUCCCUUCUUUAUCUGGAAGAGGCAACAGUGUUUGGAGAUCCAGUCAUCAUGGGAUGUCAGUGUUUCUUGUUAAAGGGGACAGACAUGGGGACGUGUUCUGGGGACAAAGAACUGGUGCCAGCCAUUCUUGAGUAUUCCAGCCCCAUCCCAGGCUCAAAGUGCUAUGACUGGUGACUCUCAGGCAGGCAUGACAAAUUGUUGGCCUCAGUUCUUGACCUUCCUAGUGACUCAGAGCUGGGUCACCACCCACUCCUCUAGUCAGUGUGGCUGAGGACUCAAGGCUGUUGGUCUAAGACCAGGAGUUUCUGCUCUUGACAUUAUUCCUCCCACUUUGUAUCCAGUGUGUGGCUUAUCAUGUUGCCAUGGUAACAGAGAAUCAAGUUACCCACCCAAGCAAAUGACAGACCUGUAGGUUAGCCAAGAAUUUUAGAGCUGCACGCAGACUCACCAGGGACAGCAAUGGCUGCUCUUCUCCCUGUGCCAUUCGUUCCCAGAGCCAGCCACUCUACCUCCAGACCAUCACCCUUGGGCUGCUGGAGAAGAGGGAUCAGGCUGCCACCUGUGUAGUAGGUUCGCUUCCGGGUGCUGUUCACUGUGGGACCCAAAGUUGCCAAAGUCAGGGACCACUCUUCACAAAUCCCCUUGCAUAUGCACUGGCUCUCCCAUACCCUAAGCCUUAUGGCUGUCAGUUCCUUUUUGGGUAGAUUUGAAGUCAUUGUCUCAUACUCUGACAUUCAACAGAGUUUACUGGGCCAGAAACCAAACAGAGCUAGAGAUGGUGGGCCCCAAAGCAUGUCUCCUUGGCCCCUUCCUGGAUAUGACUCUCUCAAUAGGAGUGGAAUCUGAUGGUACCUCUUGGGAUGACUUCGUGUAGGUGCCCCUAGACUCAGGGGCAAGAGAACAGGGGUUUGCAUAGUGGCAUCUGGCUCAUGAACUAGUGUGCACACAAGAGGGCUGUGCUCUGAGGCACUAGUGGCAAAGAUGAAUGGUGCUGUGAAAGCCAGUGCACAUGUGCGUGUGCAUCUGUCUGUCUGUCUUGGCUGACAGACAGGCUAGGUUAUGAUCAGAUUGCACUCCUACAAAAUCCUUGUGGUUCUGGACUGCUGCUUCCCUCUCUUUCAACCAGACUUCUGCUUUGUGGAUAGGCAAAGCUUGGAUAACAAACAUAAUAUCCCAGGGGCAGAAGACAAAUUCUCAGCAUAGUUCCUGUCUCCUGUUCCAAGCAGAAUUUUCCCUUUCUAGACCACCCUUUCUCUGUUUCCCUGCCCACCCAAGGCUGCCCUGAGCAGAGCACAGCCCACACCUCCCCUCUCAGGCUCCCUUCUUACAGGCCAGCUGCUUAAACUGUGAAAAGACAGGCUCAAAGAGGUCAUAGUAGAUCUGGUGAGUGGCACUGUUGUCCCGGAUGAAGAGGAGAUCUUCUACUGACACGGGGUCUGAGGCACCCUGCCACAGUGUCAGGCUGUACCUGGAACCAGAGAGCUGACUCAGGGCCCGCUUGGGCCCAGAAAGACCCUCGACUCUACUUGUGUGCUCAGAACUGAAUGCCAGCUGAGCCCAGGAGUGGAACAUCUGUUCUCUGGCUUCCCACCAAAGGAUGAUGGGGAGCAAGAGUUCAGAGGGCAGAAGGAUGUACACCCCAGGGAUAUCUGUUUCUGAGUUACCCACCAAUGGAAGCAGUGACCAGCCUGUCACGGUGGGGGAGGGGGGGGUACAAGCCAAAGGCAGAGCAUAGGCCAGUGGGAAUGGGACAAGAUGAUCUUUAGGAUCCCUCUUGCCAUGUUCAUCUUGGGUCAGAGCCCAGGAUAGGUUUGGGACCAGUAGAGGGGGUUUCACCUCUCAGAUUGGCUCAGAAGCCAGCUGAAGUGAGGCCAAGCAGCCCGUGCCAUGACAGCCCGCACUGGGAAGGUGACCUUCUGUGGCAGCGCUCUGACCAGUUCUUGCAUUGUCUCCACCAUGGCUUGGGUGUAUGUGCUGUUUGGCAACUGAGGCACAUAAAGAGUGGUAAAGCCUGGAGAAAUGGUGACAUUUGGAUACUUCUCCUGGACAAGUGCCAGAAACCUGCAGAGAACAGAGAUAGCCAUCUUUCCAGACUGCUCUGGUACCUUCUUGUAGGCUCUUGCCACAGGGAUAGGGAACAGCCAGGCCUAUUGAGUGUGUGCUUGGAGAUUGGCAGCAGAGCCCUAAAGAACAACAGUGGUUUGCACACUUUGGCUGACAUCACCCCUCCUUGCAGUCAGGGAGGUCUGGGCUCAGGUCUCUACUCUGAAUCUGGUGAUCAUUUCAGCCUGAUUCUCAAAGACAGUGAGUGUCUGCCAGGGCAGGGCCUUCUAAACAUCCCCACAUCGCCAGAGGAGCCUGAGUGGGACUUGUAAGGUUUGCAGACUUUGAGUCUCCAUUUCAGAUUCCUAAUUUUUUUCUAUAUGAGAAGGGCAUGGUGCCACAUGUCUGCAAUCUCAGCACUUGGGGGGUAGGAGGCAGGAGGAUCAGGACUUCUUUCAUCCCCAGCUACAUAGCAAGUGCUGAUCUAGCCUAGGCUACACAAAACUUUCUCAAAGCAAUAAAUAAAUCAAGAAGAAUUAUUUGAAUUUUGUUCUGACACAAAUUUUUAAUAGGAAGGUAAUGUCACCUUCUGGCCAGCCCCCAGAUAUAUAAAUCAGUAUCCUGAGAGAAGCCUUAUUUGUCUUGGGCCCUACAUUUUCCAAAUAUAUCUCAUUUUGAAAAUCAUAGUAAAUAUUGGUUGGGCAGAUGGGGGUGCCUACAGAACACAAAACCCGAGGAGAAAGGCCUGUGGGAACCUUUGCUCUCCCAUUUUGUAGACUUAGACAGGCCAUUAACCUUUCACAGAUAGUUUUUAUACUUACAAGAUGAAUAUGACUAGUUGCUACCUCAUUCUCUUAAGAGUUCAGCUGUAUUCUGCAAAUAAAAUGCUUGAAACCAUGCCUGGGGUACAAUAACCAUUCAA